UUUGUGGAAUGGCGUACCACUUUCACACUACAAGAAAAAAAGAAUUCGGUUGGAUAUCUGGUGUUGUCUUGACUUUGACAUUGGUAUAUAUGAUUACUAUUUGUACAACAAAUGGUCUCGAAGUCAAAAGACUCAACUUCAGUGACAGUUUAUGUGAAACCGACGGAGACCAAAACGAACUUCGUGAAGGCAUCAGGAUAACCAGGUUGAAACACCGUGUUUAUCAUACUGGCAGAUAUCGUAGUCUAAGUUCGAGUGUUUAUUAUCGUUUGAGGAGUGUUGUUCGUGAAAACCAGAAAGACCUCGUUAUUGUCGUAGCGACUGGAUUUUUUGCUGUUCUUGGUCUAGCUUUUUGUCAAAUCUUCAGAAUUAUGUUCAAGAAAUGUCUUUUUGACACUGCGGACGCAGAAAAGAGUUUUGAAGUGGCUAGUACAUUAGUUUUUGACGAAAAAUUUGGGUCGAAAAAAACGACCGAAGAUACAUGUCUUCAAGAUAUUGAUGUUCAAAGAUUACUGGAUGAGUUCAAUUCGUCCGGGUAUAUUACAGGAAGUCCAGCAUUCAAGAUAAGACAAUUAUCAAAAUAUAGUGCAGGGGCAGAAAUUGCCAAAAAUGUUGCGCCACUAGAAGAUACUGAGAGUACAUAUCCAUACGAUACAGGCACCAGUAAUAACAGUGUCGUAUCGAAUCAAAGUCAUUUGUGCACCUUAACGGAUGAAUAUACCAGCACUCCAAAAUCAUCUCUUCUUGUGAGCGAGAAGAAAUCUAACGGAAAUGCAAGUUUUUCAAGUUUAUCUACGCCACAGCAUCAUUUCUAUGAUAAAAGAGAAACUCAAACAUCUAUGACUACUGGCGCCGUUACAUUUGCGUCGUCUGUCAAAACUGUAACCAAUGUUGGAUCCCCAGUAGUUGUCGGGUUUAAUGUAGAAUCCACAGACUCCGAAAGUCGUGGAAAUGUUUUAGCAAAGGAAAAUAAUUUUUCUGUUUCGGAAGCUCAGCUUUACAACAAGUUGAAUGAAAUGAAGCAAUUCCAUGACGAAAACAGAAAAGAAAAAGUCCUGAGAACCAAACAAACGGUUCUGAAAGACAUUUCAAAAAUGACAAAUGUUCCAUUGAGCAAAAUGCACAAAAACAACCAAUCACCACAAAAUAAAAAAGAUUCUCUUGAGGAAAUGUACCAACGUUUUCAGUCAAGACGACUCACUUUAAAUAAACUAAAUAGCCAGAUUGUUGCAAUUAAAAGUAGAACAGAGCAAUCAAAAUUGCGCGAGUCAUACUGGCGAGAAAAAUUGUACGAAGCAAGUAAGAAUGAUCACGAACAGGAACAGAGAAAAAUUCUAGCAAAGUUGAAGCUCAUUCAAGAAUAUAAACGUUCUAUCAUUAAAUGCACUGACAAAGCAAUGGCAUUGCGUAGUCAAUUUUGUGGCAGGAAUAGUCGCCACAGCGGCGAACCUCGCUGUUAUGAUUGUCGCAUUGGGCGGCACCCUGCGGAUGUCGCAGUUAGACCAGCUCUAAUUAUGCCCUUUCACGAUGAUAUUGUUAUGAGCGAACCUGGCCCGAUUCUUUGUCGAUCUGACGGAUUUUGGCCUGGUUGCCCGAUAGUUAAAAAUAUAAAUGAACGUUAUGAUGCGCUGAAAAUGGGUCAAUAUGUAUCCCUUGAUUUAAAACUUGAACGUAUUUCUAUAAUGCAAAAGCAAUUACAGUGGGAAAUGUUUAAUAAAAGGUAUUUGAACAAUGGCCUUCUGAAAAUGUGAAUAUAUAUUUCAUCUUGUCGUAUUAUAUCUUUUAUCUCCGCACUUAAAAUUUCCCAUUUAUUUGCUUCCACUU